AUCGUUUUAAUGUUGGGGAAUAUUAUUUAAUUUCUUGUGUGCCAUGAAUCUGUUGCAGUUUUGCUCUUAUUUCUAUCCCUUCGUUUACAAUUUGGAACUAGAUAUUUUCCCCCUGAUCUCUAAAUUAAAGUUACCUAUUCGUGUUUCUUGAUUCGAUCUACCUAUUCUCUAGACAAUCCAACAAAUAGGAGAUUAAUAUAUUAAAACUCCAAUAUGACAAUAUCAGCAAAUUCAACCACGGUGCAAAGAUGCGAAGAGAUUCGCGCCCUUCUCGCUUUCGAAAGACCAGAAAAUCCUGAAACCAAUGAAAUAGAAUGGCAAUCCUUUCUUCACAAACGUCAUGAAUUAUAUACCAAAUUCCCUUAUGAUAGUAAUGAUGAGGAUGGAGAUGACGAUGCGAAAACUCAGAAACGGCAAUCAUAUUCUAGCUCAGAUAUAAAACCAAAAAGUAACUCAUUCUUACGAUUAACCGAAGUACUUCCAGCACCUGCACCUCAAGCCAAACCCACUAAAAUGACACAUCCAUCUUCUACAGACCCAGACACAGACACAGAUGAUGAAACAGACCCAGACCCAGAAACAAUCACCACCCGUCUCCACACCACUCUCACACAAACCCCCCUCCCAAUCCGCACCCUCCAAUCGAGCUUCAACACCGAACUCGCACUCCUCACAUCCCGAUACUCGAAUUUCUCUUCCCAUUCAGCGCAGAGAAGGUAUGCAGAAAAAAUACCUCUGCAUGUGCAUACGUAUGAAUUGAUUGGUGACACGUUAUCUCUCUGUGCAUUUUUUCUCGCGUUCCCCGAUCUUGAAUGUGAGGGGAGGGAAUUUGUAGAGGUGUUGGGAAAUGGGUUUUGGUUGGUUUUUUUGUUUUUGUUUUUGUUUUUGUUUUUAUUCCUAUUUCAUUUCUAUUUAAUCCCUAUUUCAUCCCUAUUUCAUCUCAAAACACACACUAACCCCUCUCACAGGCUUUCUCAUACUACAAACUCUUCUCCCCUCGUUCAACUCUUUGCUCUUCGUCUGCUUUCUCUCACUCUUUAUCUCUUUUGUCCAAUGGGCUUACAUGGUCAUGGUGCUGGGACUCCGCAAACGCCGGUGUCGGAUUUAUGGCGUUCGUGCACGUGGUGGCAUGUUGAUUUGUAUGAGAAAGCGGGGAGGGCUUUUGAGGAGGUGGGGAUGCGGGGGAUGAGGGGGAGGGGAGAUGGAAGGGGGAGGGGAGAUGGAAGGGAAUAA